AUGAUCACAGUGCAGACCAACCAACAAGUUGAAGCUGGUCUGUUUGUGUUGGGCUUGAAUAGUGAUCGGAUCAAUGGCCUGAUCAGUCCACUCCAGCAAGAGUCUUGGCACGCCGCCGUCUUGAUCGGGCCGUCCCUCCCAUCGGUGAAUCAAAGAUAUGAUAGCCGCGGUCAGCGCGGGAUGAUAGCUCGCGCGUGCUUGGACAUGCUCAUGCUCAUGGCCACGGUCUGCUUGAGCACGAUCCGAGCCCAGGCGAAGCAGAGCCGAGUGGUCCACGACUAUGCUCGAGGCGUCCGGCUGUGUGGGCUGACAGAAUCAGGCUGGCUAAGGUGUAAGUGGAUCAGGCUGAGGCCGGGAGGUGGCAACGAUCGCGGCCAUGGAGGCCAUUCUUAUGGCCAAUUUGCAUAUGCUAAUCAGAUGGCAUCGAGCAGCGACGACGACCAGGUCCGCGUUUCUCGCCUUCAGUUUGUCCACAUAGACGAGACUAGGUUUCGGGAAGUGGUCCUCAGGCUGCCCUGGUCCCCGGCUCAAGCCAGGCUCUAUUUGGCAAUUGCACACGUCCAACUUCAGAGAUAG